GCACGCCCAGUCAUGAUUGUGGACAAGGGUCACCGUGUGACCGACUACUUUGUGGUGGCCGGGCUGACGGACAAGUCCACGCCACUGGAGCAGGACCUGUCGGAGACCAAGUCCAGCGGGCCCAAGGCGCCCAUCACUGACCUGGCCGUCAUCAACAAGUCGGCGGGCGAGACGGUGCCGGAGGGCUUCACCUGCAUCGAGAGCACCUACAGUGCGCAGCAGGCCAACCUCAACCACGGCAGCCUUAAGAGCCCCGAGAUAUUUCUCUGCUACAAGAGGGGCCGCGACAAGCCCCCACUCACUGACAUCGGGUGGGUGGGUGUGUGUGCUCUGCUGUGAACCCAAAUGAACUAUUCAAAGUGUGUGAGCACCACACCAGUUAAAAAAAGUGUUACACAAUGGGAUCAUUAGGGUUAACUCUAAAACAGGAAACCAUAACCUCUAAAUCCCUUACUCUCCCCAAUGUGACCAGUUACCAGAGUAGUCACCUCUAAUAAAGCUGAUAAGUACAUAUCGUUUAAUACAUUUCCACUGAUAAGAGAGAAAAUGGUAGUGGAAAGUUGCUUCUCGUGUGUUAUUUAACCCCUUUGUGAUAUAGUGCUUGCUUAUUAUUUUGAGUGCUUAUAUUACAUUUGACUGGGUUAUUUGCUAGAUUAAUUGAAUGCAUCCCAAUUUGUGAAGUAAAUCAUUUCAUUUUCAGGCACUUUUCCUUUUCUAUCUAUUAGGGAAAUAAACCCAAUAAUGUUGCGUUUUGGAAGAGUGAUGCCUCCCGCUAUACUGUAAUUAGUGUCUAUUUAGACUUUUAACCUUGAGCCGAGUGGUUUGUUGAUGCCUGUCAUAACGCGCUGUUCUCGGUUUAUUAGAUUGUUGAAAUAUUUGCUAGCCACAUCUAUCCGCUCUUCUUAGCCAAAACAACAAACUGGAGUUUCCAGUUACUUGGCUCGACUGAUGUUUUGAAAUCCUCAGUCCUGCUUUUGAACACACAAGUCUCUAUAGCCCUCACUGAUUAGAGUGUAAACAGCAGAUCAGAUAUCAAGUGUUUCCCCAAAAAUAUAAAAAUACACAACAGUCAUUGAGAGGAGCCAUAACCUUUUUUUAGGAAGGGACUGGUUUGGGGUUUGGGCACAUACAAGUGUUAUGAACUGCAGGCCUUGUUAGCUGUUGCACCAUGGGAUUGUUUCACAGGCUGACUCCGUAAAGGUUUUGGAAGGGUCCACUUCUUGUCAGGCAAGGGGGAGGUAGAGGUGGAGAUAAGGUCAGAAUUUUUGGGGGGCUCUGUGACGCUCUCCUAGGCAUCCCAGCCCUCUGCUGAUGGCUAUUCCACAUGACAUUUGUCUCUGUCGGAAAGCUUCACCAUAAGAACGGGUAAAUAAAAAUGGCUCCUGUAAAUUAUUCAUCUUCCUUCUGCUAUCCUCUGCAGUUGUAAGACCCCAUUUCCUUGCCCUCCGUGUUCAGUGUUGUCUGUCACUGUUCCAACUCGGACUCCUUUUUGUGUCUUAAUUAAGAGUUUGCUUGUCCUUCCUUUGGAUUCUUUCGGCUCCCAUUCAGAAUGAACGGUGUACCGGCUGCCAGAUAUGAAGCACGAGAGCCUGUCUGUGUUCCUCCUCAUGCCACAGUGUGACCCCUCAUCGGCUCCUGUGACCUUCCCAAGAUUCCAAUGACUUGGUACAAGGAGGGCAAGGCUCUUGGCUGUGCCCAAGGCUUGCUGCACAGAAGAGACGAGGGCUGUAUCCAAAAACGUUACAAGCUGUCAUCCUUGCUUCCUCUGUCAAAUCCUUGGAGGAUAUAAGGUCGGAGGAACCAAGGAGGAAGCAAGGAUUUGACUGCUAUGAACGUUUUCAGACACAUAGCUGUUGCUUUGGAACCCCUGCAGUCAUUCCUGUCACUCUGAGUCUAGUGCAGUGGUAGACUGAUUGCAUUCCUGAAAACAUCUAGACUCCUGUGUGGGUGGAUACAGUGAGGAAGUUUUAAAAACCCAUAGAAUACUGAAAUCUGAAGACGUGCAUUGCUAUAAUACUAAAUACACAGAUAUAGCCUAGUUAUUCGGUCAACUUCCUCUUGUAAUUCAUCAGUACAUGGUAGCUCCCAGUUUCCCAGUUUGCUCUCUGCUGUCUUGGAGGUUGAAAUGAGUCAUGUGCUAAAGAUAUCUGACCUGGAGGAGCUCUGCUCAGAGGAAGGACUGACUCAUUUAAGGGGAAGCCUUGAUAGGAAAAACAACCUUUUCCUCAGAAACAGGGAGUUCUGGCCACACACUCCCUUUUAAUGCUGUACAAACUACCAAGUUCCUCUCCACAAAUAGAAAACCGUGAUUACUUGUCAUGGCUAUGUUUAUGUCAUGUUAAACUGGGAUUUUUUUUUUUUUACAGUAAAUGAAGAGAGAUUGGUAAAUAGAAUAGAUACAUCAUUUACCCACCCCGUCACACGUCCCUCAACCUGUGAGCGUGCACUUGAUAUCACAGCGAAUUCAGGAGGUCCAAACAGGACUUUAAUCUAGGUUCCUGCGAUUGUUCAACACCUUAGCCCUUACACCAAGAGGUCCAAAUCUUUUGAUCACUAGGUCAAUCAAUCAAAUGUAUUUAUAGAGACCUUUUUAAAACAGCAGUUGUCACAGUGCUUAUACAGAAACCUAGCCUAAAACCCCAGAGAGCAAGCAAAUCAAAUUGUAUUUGUCACAUACACAUGUUUAGCAGAUGUUAUUGCGGGUGUAGCGAAAUGCUUGUGCUUCUAGCUCCGACAGUGCAGUAAUAUCUAACAAGUAAUAUCUAACAAUUUCACAACAUAUACCCAAUACACACAAAUCUAAGGAAGGAAUGGAAUUUAAGAAUAUAUACAUAUAUAGACAAGCAAUGACAGAGCGGCAUGGACUAAGAUACAGUAAAAUAUUAUAGAAUGCGUUAUAUACAUAUGAGAUGAGUAAUGCAAGAUAUGUAAACAUUAUUAAAAUGGCCAGUGAUUUCAAUAGGCAGCAGCAGGCUCUAAUGUGCUAGUGAUGGCUAUUUAACAGUCUGAUGGCCUUGACAUAGAAGCUGUUUUUCAUUCUCUCUGUCCCAGCUUUAAUGCACCUGUACUGACCUCGCCUUCUGGAUGAUAGCGGGGUGAACAGGCAGUGGCUCAGGUGGUUGAUGUCCUUGAUUAUCUUUUUGGCCUUCCUGUGACAUCGGGUGCUGUAGGUGUCCUGGAGGGCGGGUAGUUUGCCCCCGGGAAUGCGUUCGGCAGACCGCACCACCCUCUGGAGAGCCCUGUGGUUGCGGGCGGUGCAGCCCGACAGGAUGAUCUCAAUUGUGCAUCUGUAAAAGUUUGUGAGGGUUUUGGGUGCCAGGCCAAAAAACUCUGUUGCGCCUUCUUCACCACAUUGUCUGCGUGGGUGGACCAUUUCAGUUUGUCAGUGAUGUGUACGCCAAGGAACUUGAAGCUUUCCACCUUCUCCACUGCGGUCCCGUCGAUGUGGAUAGGGGGGUGCACCCUCUGCUGUUUCCUGAAGUCCACGAUCAUCUCCUUUGUUGACGUUGAGUGAGAGGUUAUUUUCCUGGCACCACACUCCCAGAGCCCUCAACACCUUCCUGUAGGCUGUCUCGUGCAGAAGUAGAUGCACAGUGGCUAGGAAAAACUCCCUAGAAAGGCAGGAACCUAGGAAGAAACCUAGAGAGGAACCAGGCUCUGAGGGGUGGCCAGUCCUCUUCUGGCUGUGCCGGGUGGACAUUUUAAGAGUACAUGGCCAUUAAGUCCAGAUCGUUCUUCAAGAUGUUCAAACAUUCAUAGAAGACCAGCAGGGUCAAAUAAUAAUCACAGUGGUUGUAGAGGGUGCAAGAUGUCAGCACCUCCAGGAGUUAAUGUCAGUUGUCUUUUCAUAGCCGAACAUUUAAGGUCAAUGUACUAAGGUUGCUAGAAUAUGUUAGGCCACAGCACCCCUCUAGCCACACGACCUCAUCUCUAGCCUGUGAGUCAGUUUGUUUGUGCUAUCGUGCCAACUCCUUGUCACUCAUUGUCACGUCAAGCAUGUUUGGCUGGACAAUGAUCUCAAUGGAGUUGGCCAGAGCACAAACAGAUCUGGGACCAGGUUCCCUCAUCUCUAGCCUGCCAUGUUGAGCUCGGUGAGCUUCGGAGCCCUGGUUGGUUCACUUCAUAGUCUGUGGACGAGGCUGAACAAGUUUCUCAACACUUCGGUGAGAAGAAACACCAGAUAUUUCCCCACCAGCGGAAAAUAUCCACUCUUCCUUUGCGUUUUGCCUUCGCUGCAUGUCUGUUUAGUUUCCAGCUGCCAUGUAACGUUCUGUGGCCAGUGUGGGAGGUGCGUAGAAAUUACCCCCAUUGACUUUACUUGAAAUAUGACCACUGAAGUUGAAAAACUUUGCACCAUGCAAACUCAUCGAGACUCCAAAACCUCUUUUGGUGUUGCAAGGUUGAAUAAACUUCAAAAUAUUUUCCAUUUGUAUGUUUUCAAAGUAGAAUGUGCAGUAUCUAUUGGUGUUCAACUCUAGAGAUAGCUCAGUGAAACCUUUUUUGUAAGUGUAUUUUGGUAGUGACUGCCUACUACAGAGAGUGAAAAAAAGGCCAGGUCUGAGUGAGCACUGAUUAUGUGUGGGCAGGAGUCAUUCCGCUGCCAGCACUUUGCAACACUGCUAUCCGCCAAUCUCAGCUUCCUCACACGUUGACGCUCAGCCCUUUUGAAUGCAGGUCAGAGGGUAGCCGCAUGGGCGAAGGCAUUAGUCUGUGACUCUUUCUCUCUCUCUUUCUCCCUGUCUCUCUCUGUGUUAGUUUUUACCUACCUGUGGGAUAUGUAGGACAACAUUUAGAAAAUUCACUCCCAUGGUGUCCUGUAGAUAGAGGGACUGGGCAUACCUAGGCUUAUUUUCUUUUGGCCAUGUAGGUAUUGGGUUAUUUUUGUUUCACUUUCAUUCUUACCAGUUUCUGAAAGGCUCUGUAACUGUCCACAGUCAUUGCUCAUCCAUCCGAAUCCAUUUUUCCCCAACCUCCAAUCCGCUUCAUCUGUAGAAUGAUUCCGUCUCGUUUGUGAAUGUUUGUUGUUGUAUGUGUGAUGUGGGUGAAUGUGAAUGUGUACAUGUCAUUUUACUAAUAUUGUUCUCUCUCUCACCUCUCUUUUCUCUCCCAUCUCCCUCUGUCUCAUCUCUCUCUCUCCCCUCUCUCUCUCUUUCUCCCCUCUCUCUCUCUCUCUUUCUCCCCUCUCUCUCUCUCUCUUUCUCCCCUCUCUCUCUCUUUCUCCCCUCUCUCUCUCUUUCUCCCCUCUCUCUCUCUUUCUCCCCUCUCUGUCUCCCCUCUCUCACUCUGUCUCCCCCCUCUCGCUCUGUCUCCCCCCUCUCGCUCUGUCUCCCCCCUCUCGCUCUGUCUCCCCUCUCUCGCUCUGUCUCCCCUCUCUCGCUCUGUCUCCCCUCUCUCGCUCUGUCUCCCCUCUCUCGCUCUGUCUCCCCCCUCUCGCUCUGUCUCCCCCCUCUCGCUCUGUCUCCCCCCUCUCGCUCUGUCUCCCCUCUCUCGCUCUGUUUCCCCUCUCUCGCUCUGUCUGUCUGUGUGUCUCAGGGUAUUAUAUGAAGGUAAGGAGCGUCUCAUCCAGGACUGUGAGGUGAUCCAGGCCACACCGUAUGGCCGCUGUGCCAACGUCAACAACAGCUCUGCCGCUUCGCAGCGUAUCUUCAUCACCUUACGCCGCGCGCCGCCCGUCCAGCCCCAGAACUCCCUGUCCGUCACCGACAUCUGCGUCAUUGUCACCAGUAAGGGAGAGACGCCGCCGCACACCUUCUGCAAGGUGGACAAGAACCUCAACUGUGGCAUGGUGAGUUGAGGCCACUGGUAAUGAAGUAGGCUCAUGACCAACUCAGUGGCCUUGUGAUUAGAGUUUCCGUCCUGAGAUUGGAAGGUUGGGGCUUCCUUCCCUCGUCGAGUCAUAUCAAAGACUCUCAAAAUGGCAGGGGUGGACAUCAAGCUGCCUCAUGCUACAGAAACAGGAGAUGGGUUCCUGCCCUAUGGGCAGUUCUGGUUUGGACACGCCUACUUUCUUAAGGCCCACACACUCAAUUGCUCCAACACAUACCUUUUAUUAGGUUGGUUUACAACAUUUCGACCCCUGAAAGGGUCUUCGUCUGGCCCACAAAAGUAGAGCUUUGGGGAAGCAGUGGGGAUGGAAUAUAACGUGAUAUGAAAUUCAGGCCAUGCCACUCACCCCCUAGCUGAGUACAUUCUGUCGAAAUGACGCCUUGAAAAUGUUGUUUUGAGCCCAAAGUCACAUGGUCUUGUUUUUCUUCCUCCAGUGGGGCUCUAGUGUUUUCCUGUGCUACAAGAAAUCAGUGUCGGUGUCCAACUCCAUUAAUUACAAAGCCGGUGAGUCUCACACGCUAUUGAUUCUUUAUUGUUACUCUAUCUACCCAUCUCUCCGCAUCAGUCUCUAUUUUCUGAGCUCAUUGAUGGAUAGCUAUUAUUUUCCCUGGCCUUUGUUCAAUGCUGUUUACCAUGCAUUUUCCUCUUGCUUCGUGCCUGAGUUGACUUCACAGUAAUUGUAUGCUGAUCUCCUAUGAUUGAACUGAGUUGAAAGGAGCUUUCUGUGUGCUGUCGAUAAGACUAAAUGCACUGGCAAAUGACAGCUCUGUUAUCUGUCACUGAAAUGCCUGGAAACUGCACAACACACUCCCUGAUGUUAAAUGGGCACCGCCUCACAUUAGACUGCUUCACGAUGACUCUCAUUGGCAUUUCUAAGCCUAUUUCUGGUGCCCAUUUAUUUCAAGGUGGAAAAUAGUGUCAUUGUGCGUCAUUGCUGUCACCCUGUGUGAAAUGGUUUAUCCUUUCGCUUUUGGUUUUUCACUUAAAUUACCUCCAAACAGGUUCUUAUGGACUAUACAAAUGCAUGUGUAGAAAGGUCAUGUUUCUGAAGACAUUUAUCCCUUAAAUCAGACAUUUGUUGUUCAGAUGGUUUCAUUCACACUAUGUAUCCACCUUCUUGUAAAUGCAGCUGUUUGUCCCCGUCUCGAACUUGCUACUUUCUGAGGUCAGAGCUGGGUGUUGGCUUAGACGGGCGCCUGUUCAGAGACUACGCAUGCACAGGCACACACGCUUUAUCUUCGCUAGGCCUUCUUCCUGUGAGGUGACGAUGUUUGUUUGCCAGACCACAGACUGCUUCCUACCCCGCCUACUCCUUCAAUCGCUUUUUUUUUCUAUAACAUUCUCUUAACAUUCAUUGGUUAGCAAGGUGUUGAUUUCCUUUGAAAAGAAUGUGUUCGGAAUCUCAGCACACUGGCUGAUGACAAGGGAAAGGGUCUUUGAUCUUAUUCCAAUCUCUCUCCUUCCAUCCUCCUCUCUGCACUUCUUUAAUGUUGUGUUAUGAUUGUGUAGUGUGCUCUGUUGACAUCAUUUCAUUUGGUCAGUGAGUGUACCCCAAUUAAAUUCAUAUUACAUGUAGCUAGGUUUAUUAUAUGUCUUAUGUGUGACUUGCUCUCUCUCCUCCAGGCCUCAUCUUCCGCUACCCAGAGGAUGACUAUGAGUCCUUCCCCUUGUCUGAGUCUGUGCCCCUGUUCUGCCUCCCCAUGGGGGCUAAGAUCGAAUGCUGGGCCCCCAACACACGCUACCCUCUGCCUGUCUUCUCCACCUUUGUGUUAACCAACUCCUCUGGAGAAAAGGUAGGUGGACUAGAACAAUGGCAUUAUAUCAGUAAACAGGGAUUUACAAUGAUUCAUGACUAGAUUGAUCAGGGCUGUUUGAUUUAUGUCCUGCAGGGCUGAAACACUUGUUUUUGUUUAGUUUUUUUUUAUUAGGAGAGAAUGAAAACCAGAAGUGUUUUGGCCCUCCAAGACAGGAAUUGAACAGCCCAGUGACAUAAAUAUGAAUAGAUAGUUGUAAUAGUCAACAUUCAAGUCUCACUUCCCGAGCUGCAUGUGACAUUGGGAUUGGGGAGAAGUAUUAGUUUUCUCCUCAGGCUGUGUGUAUCAAGGCACCUGAAUGUCAGCUGCCUCUUGAGCAAACUACAAUCUCAUCCCAAGUUAUGUCACAAACCACGUCGCAUUUCCCUGAGCUAGUGGGAAUAGGGCAUUUGCCUCUCAAUGUACUUUAUGUAAAUGUGUUGCAUUUUGCUAUUUAAUAAUGGGUGCAUAAAUGUUACUCACCCUGUCAUAAAAAUGUGUGAAGGGCGUUCGUCAACGUCCCUAAUAUUAUCACCGGAAUCUAUCUUUCAUCGAAUCUAAUUUGAUCUGUCCCAGGUGUACGGCGCUGCCAUCCAGUUCUACGAGGCCUACCCCAUAGAUCUCCUCAGUGAGAAGCAGAAGGUGCAGCUGGGCCUGCUCACCACCGUGGAGAAGAAGAUGAUCCCCAACCGGACGGUCAACACCAACAAGUGCAUCUGCCUCCUUUCCCGCUGGCCCUUCUUCGAGUCCUUCCGCAAGUUCCUCAUGUUCCUCUACAAGCUGUCCGUCUCGGGCCCCCACCCGCUGCCCAUUGAAAAGUAAGGAUGACGUCAUUUGUCAAUGGUGGGGGGGGGGGGGGGAGGUUGAGUUGGAGAUGUGCUUGAUUUAGCUUGGGGUUUGCACUUUUGGGACUAUUCCAUGUUUCAUUGUACCAGGAAAACUAAAGACGCAGCUCAAGAUUAAAGUGUUUGAUACAUGUAUUUGACCCAGGUCUGGAGAGGAGUAGGUUUGAAGCUAAUGCUAUUCUUUGCUUGCGUGUGUUUCUUUGACAGGCACAUCUCACACUUCAUGCACAACGUGUCCUUCCCCUCACCUCAGAGGCCCAGAAUCUUGGUUCAGGUGAGAUGUCAUUAUGAUUUUUGUGCUGGCGAAUGCCGUUUAUGUUGGUGUCGCUGUUGUGACAGUGUUGUUUUCUCUUUCAGCUCUCUGCACACGACACCUUGAUGCUCGCACAGCCUGUGUGUACUCCUAUGCCUCUCAGGUAAGAUCUUUUAUAGGCCAUAAAAAAAUAGCUGCAUUUCAGAGGGUACGUCCGUAUGACAACUAGUUUAGAGACAGGAUAAUCUAGGGCCCAAGGGAAAACUUCAGGAACAGAAAGGGAGAAAGGGCCCGGUCCUUACCGUUGUCAUGGCAGAGCAUCAACCACAGUUUUUCCAGAGGAAAUACCGGGGUUAGAAACGGCAAUCCUCCAAACUUUCUGGCUCGGUAAUACUAAACGCAUUAAUUCCUGAUAGUUUUCCAGUUUGAAACUGCCACAUGAAAACAGGCACUAGGACUGUCCCAGAAACAGCACUGCCUGUCUGUCACAUUGUGGACAGGUCCUUCAUUAUAUAGUGUAGAAAUCCAGCCUGUACAGAUGAAAUAAACUGUUAUGCUGCAAUUGCAUUCUGUCAAGAAACCUCAAUGUGUUCCAUCAGACUUUUUUCCUCUCCAGACUUUUCAUUUCAAAGUUGAAUAUGUUGUUGUUGGUCAGCUAGUGAGAAGAACAGAGAGGUCCACACGCUGAAUAUGCUCCCAAUUUACCACCUUUAUUGACAACGUUUCGAUCCAACACGGAUUUUCGUUUCACCUGACAAAGAUCCGUGUUGGAUCGAAACAUUGUCAAUAAAGGUGGUAAAUUGGGAGCAUAUUCAGCGUGCGGACCUUUCUGUUCUUUUCAUGUUCACUUUAUUUUUUAUUUUUUUUACCACAGACGAUGAGGUUUAUUAAAUAAAUCAACUAAAUGGGAGGUCAUUUUUCUUUAAAGGAAUGCACAUGAAAUACAUAUAACCACAUGAAAUACAUAUAACCACAUGACCAAAAGUUUGUGGACACCUGCUCGUCGAACAUCUCAUUCCAAAAUCAUGGGCAUUAAUAUGGAGUUGGUCCCCCCUUUGCUGCUAUAACAGCCUCCACUCUUCUGGGAAGGCUUUCCACUAGAUGUUGGAACAUUGCUGCGGGGACUUGCUUCCAUUCAGCCACGAGCAUUAGUGAGGUCGGGCACUGAUGUUGGGCGAUUAGGCCUGGCUCGCAGUCGGCGUUCCAAUUCAUGUUCGAUUGGGUUGAGGUCAGGGUUCUGUGCAGGCCAGUCAAGUUCUUCCACACCGAUCUCGACAAACCAUUUCUGUAUGGACCUAGCUUUGUGCACAGGCGCAUUGUCAUGCUGAAACAGGAAAGGGACUUCCCCAAACUGUUGCCACAAAGUUGGAAGCACAGAAUCGUCCAGAAUGUAAUUGGUAUGCUGUAGCAUUAAGAUUUCCCUUCACUGGAACUAAGGGGCCUAGCCCGAACCAUGAAAAACAGCCCCAGACCAUUAUUCCUCCUCCACCAAACUUUACAGUUGGCACUAUGCAUUGGGGCAGGUAGAGUUCUCCUGGCAUACGCCAAACCCAGAUUAGUCCGCUGGACUGCCAGAUGAUGUAUCACGAUUCAUCACUCCAGAGAACACGUUUCCACUGCUCCAGAGUCCAAUGGCGGCGAGCUUUAUACCACUCCAGCCGAAGCUUGGCAUUGCUUGUGUGCAGCUGCUCGGCCAUGGAAACCCAUUUCAUGAAGCUCCUGACGAACAGUUCUUGUGCUGAAGUUGCUUCCAGAGACAGUUUGGAACUCGGUAGUGAGUGUUACAACCGAGGACAGAUGAUUUUUACGUGCUUCAGCACUCGGCGGUCCCGUUUUGUGAGCUUGUGUGGCGUACCACUUCGCGGCUGAGCCGUAGUUGCUCCUAGACGUUUCCACUUCACAAUAACAGCACUUACAGUUGGGUCAGCUCUAGCAGGGCAGAAAUUUGAUUCACUGACUUGUUGGAAAGGUGGCACGUUGAAAGUCACUGAGCUCUUCAGUAAUGUCAUUCUACUGCCAAUGUUUGUCUAUGGAGAUUGCAUGGCGGUGUGCUCGAUUUUAUACACCUGUCAGCAACGUGUGUGGCUGAAAUAGCAGAACCACUAAUUUGAAGGGGUGUCCACAUACUUUUGUAUAUAUAGUGUAGAACCACAAGAAAUACACAACGCAGCCUACAGUGUCUAUAGCAGGGCUCUCCGACUCUGUUCCUGGAGAGAUACCCCCCCUGCAGGUUUCAACUCCAAGCCCGUUCCUGGAGAGAUACCCUCCCGCAGGCCCCAACCCCAACCCUGCUCCCGGAGAGAUACCCUCCCGCAGGUUUGAACUCCAACCCCAAUCCAGUGUACCUGAUUCUAAUAAUUAGCUGGUUGAUAAGCUGAAUCAGGUUAGUUACAACUGGGGUUGGACUGAAAACCCACCGGAGGGCAGCCCCCCAGGAACUGGUCCGGAGUCCAAACCCACCGGAGGGCAGCCCCCCAGGAACAGGGCCGGAGCCAAACCCCACAGUGUUCACUUUAUUAGCCCAGCACCUAAGUUAAGGAUGUGUGUAUGACCCCAAACUCUUCUAUAGAUGGUCAGCUAGUGUGCUCAUGCCUUUCGGGGCUGGAAGACUUGCUGGCUAGUGCCUUUGGCACAGGUGUUUGUUGAUAUGCAAAGUUUGAACCGGUUACUCUCUGAAAAUAAAAUAAAAGUAUUUUUCCCCUUAAAAGGUUUUUAAAAGAACCAGGUUUUGACACAAGGGCGCAAUGUAACCUGAGCUUUUGUCUCAAUCCAGUUUACCUUCACCCCUCCCUGAUUUACCCACACACCUUCUUUACUGCACAUGUACUGUUUACAAACCCCCCUUCAAAGAUGGCUGCCCUUCAUCCAAUCCAACCUUUCAUGACCCAUUGUAUCCCUGAGUCUCGUUUGAAUCCUUUCCCCAAUACCUAUGUGCUCCUCUCUUCCCAACUCUCCUUUCCCCCUCUCCUCUCUCUCCUCCCCUCUUCUCUCUCCUCCCCUCUCCCCUCUCCUCAGUGGUGCAGACUACAGUACACUGCUGAUUAACCUGGGCCCAGAGAACUGUGCCACGCUGCUGCACUUUGUCCUGCUGGAGAGUAAGAUCCUGCUACACUCCUUGAGACCCGCUGUACUCACCGGGGUAGCAGAGGCUGUGGUGGCGGUGAGUGAUAAAGGAUAUGGUCACUCAGCUUUGAUUGUGACAAGUGUUAUAUAAAUGAUGGUUGGUUGGUUGGUUGGAGUUUGUAUACAUGAUGUGGCCCAUGUAGGAAUGACGUUAGGUUAAUAUGUGAAAACGUUGGAUGAAAAUGUGAAAUAGAAGUUUGAUUUUCUCUCCGUCUGUGUCCUACUAUCUAGAUGAUAUUUCCAUUCCAGUGGCAGUGCCCGUACAUCCCCCUCUGCCCGCUCUCCCUGGCAGGGGUCCUCAACGCCCCCUGUCCCUUCAUCGUGGGCGUGGACUCCCGCUACUUUGACCUCUAUGACCCUCCACCGGACGUGGUCUGUGUGGACCUGGACACCAACACUAUCUACCUGUAAGAUCCAGACAUUUUAAAGAAGCAUUCCCCCAUUUUGACAUAUGGAUCUGUUAACACACUUACCCUAACUGUUGUCGAUACCCCAGAGACAGUUUUUCAGUCCAUAUAUCGCAUAUUAUAAACUGGGUGGUUCGAGCCCUGAAUGCUGAUUGGCUGACAGCCGUGGUAUAUCAUACCGUAUACCACGGGUAUGACAAAAUAUUUAUUUUUACUGCUCUAAUUACGUUGGUAAACAGUUUAUAAUAGCAAUAAGUCACCUCGGGAGUUUGUGGUAUAUGGCCAAUAUACCACGGCUAAGGGCUGUGUCCAGGCACUCCGCGAUGCGUCAUGCAUAAGAACAGCCCUUAGCCGUGGUAUAUUGGCCAUAUACCACACCUCCUCUGGCCUUAUUGCUUAAUUAUGUAUUUUUUAUCACUUACACCAGAAUGAGCAUAUUCCAAAUACACCUUACUAACAUUCUGAACCAUCUCUGCAGGUCUGAGGAGAAGAAACACAGUAACUGGAAGAACCUCCCAAAGAAGCCCUGCAAGAGCCUGUUUCACUCCCUGAACAACCUGCACCACCAGCUGAGCAUCGGUACAAACACAGUCAUAGAAUUAUAUUUCAACUUUACUCUCGAGUCUCAUAGCAACUGCUUCAUGCCUGCGGCUUGGAACCAUGCUGGAAAUGAUCUGAUACAGCAUAGUAUGAUUGGUGAAAAUGAUAUACAGUACCAGUUAAAGGUUUGGACACCUACUCAUUCAAGGAUUUUUCUUUCUUUUUACUAUUUUCUAAUGUCCAUUGCCCGUGUUUCUUGGCCCAAGCAAAUCUCUUCUUCUUAUUGGUGUCCUUUAGUAGUGGUUUCUUUGCAGCAAUUUGACCGUGAAGGCCUGAUUCACGCAGUCUCCUCUGAACAGUUGAUGUUGAGAUGUGUCUGUUACUUGAACUCUGUGAAGCAUUUAUUUGGGCUGCAAUUUUUGAGGCUGGUAACUAAUGACCUUAUCCUCUGCAGCAGAGGUAACUCUGGGUCUUCCUUUCCUGUGGCGGUCCUCAUGAGAGCUAGUUUCAUUAUAGCGCUUGAUGGUUUUUGCGACUGGACUUUAAGAAACGUUCAAAGUUCUUGACAUUUUCCGUAUUGACUGACCUUCAUGUCUUAAAGUAAUGAUAGACUGUCGUUUCUCUUUGCUUAUUUGAGCUGUUCUUGCCAUAAUAUGGACUUGGCUAUCUUCUGUAUACCAACCCUACCUUGUCACACAACUGAUUUGGCUCAAAUGCAUUAAGAAGGAAAUAAAUUCCUCAAAUUAACUUUUAACAAGGCUCACCCGUUAAUUGAAAUGCAUUCCAGGUGACUACCUCAUGAAGCUGGUUGAGAGAAUGCCAAGAGUGUGCAAAACUGUAAUCAAGGCAAAGGGUGGCUACUUUGAAGAAUCUAAAAUAUGAAAAUAUAUUUUGAUUUGUUUAACACUUUUUUUGGUUACUACAUGAUUCCAUAUGUGUUAUUUCAUAGUUUUGAUGUCUUCACUAUUAUUCUACAAUGUAGAAAAUAGUAAAAAUAAAGAAAAACCCUUGAAUGAGUAGGUGUGCCCAAACUUUUGACUGGUAGUAUAAGUCAAUAGUAUGUUUAGCCUACUAUCCCCAGUCCUUUUAGUAUGUGAAAUGUAAUUAUCCCCAUCUGGUGGCUGUUUUCCAGUGCGUCGGACGGCCCAGGAGGGCUUGGCGGUGGAGAUGACCCCCAUCGAGGCGGACUUCACCUGGCACAAGAAGAUGACCUCCCUAGAGAUGGAGAUCCAAGAGUCCCUGCUGCGCUUCAUGGCCAACAUCCUGAAGGGCUACCGCUCCUACCUCAAACCCAUCACCCAGGCCCCCUCCGAGAAGGCCACCUCUGCAGACUCACUAUAUGACCUACAGGGUUAGUGUGUGGGUGUGUUUUCACCGCUCUUAUCUCAAACCCAUCACCCAGGUCCGAUCCAAUAAGGCCACCGCCUCAGACUUACUAAACGACCUACACUGUAACAAUGGGGAAUGGAUGGAUUGUUUUUAGUCCUUCGUUCAUAUAUUUGCCCACAAAAUGUAUCACCCCACCCAGAACAAAAUCUUGCGCACAGGCUGUAUUGUCUAUCUCGAAGGACUACACAAAACAGACGUAAAAUGUGCUAAUAGACAGUUUUUUAAGGAAAUACUUUGAAUACUAAAACUUUACUCAUUGCGCUCUAGCGACUCCUUGUGGCAGUGUUUCCUCCGACACAUUGGUGCGGCUGGUUUCCGAGUUAAGCGAGCGGGUGUUGAGAAGCGCGGCUUGGCGGGUCAUGUUUCGGAGGACGCAUGACCUCGACCUUCACCUCUCCCAAGCCCGUUGCAGCGAUGAGAUAAGAUCGUAAUUGGAUCGCAAUUGGAUAUAACAAAAACUGGGGAGAAAAAAAAACAUCUAACACAAGUAUUAUAAUUGCGCAAUGUAUAUUAUACAGUAUUUGAAUGUCAUCCAGGAGCUGUGUUAAACAGACCGCCUAUCUGACUGCUGUUCCAAGUGUUCAUAACAGGCAAAUCUCUAAUUUCACAGGCCUACUCAGAAAUCAACCAUCUAUGGCAUUGAUUAAUUUUUCCCCCCUCAUCAAUCUAAACACAAUAACCCAUAAUGACAAAGCAAAAACUGUUUGACAUUUUUGCAAAAAAAAAAAAAAAUAACUGAUAUCACAUUUACAUAAGUAUUCAGACCCUUUACUCAGUACUUUGUUGAAGCACCUUUGGCAGCGAUUACAGCCUCGAGUAUGACGCUACAAGCUUGGCACACCUGUAUUUGGGGAGUUUCUCCCAUUCUUCUCUGCAGAUCCUCUCAAGCUCUGUCAGGUUGGAUGGGGAGCAUUGCUGCACAGCUAUUUUCAGGUCUCUCCAGAGAUGUUUGAUCGGGUUCAAGUCCUGGCUCUGGCUGGGCCACUCAAGAACAUUCAGAGACUUGUCCCGAAGCCACUCCUGCGUUGUCUUGGCUGUGUGUUUAGGGUCGUUGUCUUGUUGGAAGGUGAACCUUCGCCCCAGUCUGAGGUCCUGAGCGCUCUGGAGCAGGUUUUCAUCAAGGAUCUCUCUGUACUUUGCUCCGUACAUCUUUCCCUCAUUCCUGACUAGUCUCCCAGUCCAUGCCACUGAAAAACAUCCCACAGCAUGAUGCUGCCACCACCAUGCUUCAUUGUAGGGAUGGUGCCUGGUUUCCUACAGACGUGACGCUUGGCAUUCAGGCCAAAGAGUUCAAUCUUGGUUUUAUUUGACUAGAGAAUCUUGUUUCUCAUCGUCUGAGAGUCUUUAGGUGUCUUUUGGCAAACUCCAAGUGGCUGUCAUUCCUUCUACUGAGGAGUAGCUUCCGUCUGGCCACUCUACCAUAAAGGCCUGAUUGGUGGAGUGCUGCAUAGAUAGAUGGGAGAACCUUCCAGAAGGACAACCAUCUCCACAAAGGAACUCUGGAGCUCUGUCAGAGUGACCAUCGGGUUCUUGGUCACCUCCCUGACCAAGGCCCUUCACCCUCGAUUGCUCAGUUUGGCCGGGCAGGUUGGUGGUUCCAAUCUUCUUCCAUUUAAGAAUGGAGGCCACUGUGUUCUUGGGGACCUUCAAUGCUGCAGAAAUAUUUUGGUACCCUUCCCCAGAUCUGUGCCUCAACACAAUCCUGUCUCGGCGCUCUACGGACAAUUCCAAUCAAGUUGUAGAAACAUCUCAAGGAUGAUCAAUGGAAACAGGAUGCACCUGAGCUCAAUUUCGAGUCUCAUAGCAAAGGAUCUGAUUAUUUACGUAAAUAAGGUAUUUCUGUUUUUUAUUUUUAAUACAUUUGUAAGAACGUCUAAAAACCUGUUUUCUCUUUGUCAUUAUGGGGUAUUGUGUGUAGAUUAAUGAGAUUUUUUGUAUUUAAUCCAUUUUAGAAUAAGGCUGUGACGUAACAAAAUGUGGAAAAAGUGAAGGGGUCUGAAUACUUUCCGAAUGCACUGUACAUAAUGCAUUUGGAAGAAAAUAUAGUUAUACCAUUAUAUUUUAUUGCCCAUUUGAUUUAAAAGGUUAGUUCACAAUCUCACUGGGGUAUUGAAGACUGAGUCCCAUACUACCCAUUCACUGAAAUAUAAUAUAGCUUUUUUUUUACUGGAGAAUUGUAAUUUAAAAUAAGGCCACUAAAAUCCACACAAUGCAUAUUUCCUUUCAGCAUUUUUAUUUAAACUCUGGCCACACAGCGUUGCCUGUUAAGUGUUUAGAGAACAUUUGUGUAGCAUUUCCUGAGCGUUUCCUAUGGGACAGGCCCAUUGACCUGGCUCUCUGUCCUCUCCCAGGGUUCCUAAAGAGCAGGGAGCGAGCCCACCAGAAGUUCUACUCGCAGCUGACGAAGACUCAGAUCUUCAUUCGCUUCAUCGAGGAGUGCACGUUCGUCAGCGACAAGGACACAGGCCUUGCCUUCUUCGACGACUGCAUCGAGAAGGUGAGCGUUAUCAAGCACCAGGCAACAGGAGUCAGUGUGGGGGGUCCAUUACAUAUCAACUCCAUCAAUCCAGGAAGUUAAUUGAAAUUCAGUGAAUGAUUUUGACAAAUUGAACAGUGUUCCCAGCAGCCAAAACUGGUUGUAAUGAUUCCAUUUUUCCUGCUUUGCUUGCUGGGUUGGGGCCAAUUCCAUUCCAACUCCCAUAAAGCCAGGAAGUGAAUUGAAAAUGCAUGAAUGAAUGAAUGAAUUGAAAAUGAAUCUUUGAAAAUAAAUGUCACUUUUAGAUUUUUGAAUUGGAAUUGACCCCCACACCCAGCUAGACAAGAACAUGGCUUCCCUCCAUCGUCCCCUGGCGAGUGCCUCAGACCGAUGUCAAUUUUCGAACCCGAUUUUUGUGGCAUUUGUUUAACGUGUUGUUUUAUUGAUGAUUCAGUCGUAACAUUCCUCCAGGGGAGACUGACGGAGGAAGGCUCAUUUCCUCUGAUUGAAUCUGUUCCUUUACCCUUUUCCCCUGCAGCUAUUUCCCUCUGAUAAAGGCAGUGACAAAGCCACUAAGGUAAUCCCUCAGACCCUAGUCAAGUUUUAACACACCUCCUUUUCCAACUAGAGUCUGUCUCAUUAUAAUGCAUUAGAAGAAUGGUUGUAGUGAUUUUGAUUUGUCUGUGUGUGUACGUGCGGCCAUGUGCGUGGACACUGAGAACAUGUUUUCCUUUCCAUAGGUGGAGGGUGAGUCAUCAGAGGACAUUAAGCUCAUGGAACUAGACGAAUCACAGAAGAGUGAGCACACAGUCUUCGUCAUGCCCCCAGAACCUCCCGCCACCGAGGACGAAUCUGACCUCCCUGCCCGCUACAGGUGAGCUAACCCCCAGUACAUGCUGCACCACUAACACAUUGGCAGCACAAUAACACCAGUGAUCCUGGUAGUGUCUUACAGUGGACAGUGCAUCUGGCUCCGAAGAAGGGAUGCGGGUCUACGUUAACUUCACUCUCAUACCUGUGGCGUUUUCCUCUCUCUCUCGCUCACUCUCUGUUAGUUAUAAGAGUUUUCCUCGGUUGCGUAUGGACCUGUUUGACCGUCCCAGAGAGGUGAUGCCAGCGCUGAGGAGCAGCACACCAGGGGCCAGCCUGUCCAGCAGCCCUGCACUGCUGGCCAAGAGGACCAAGCAGGUACACAUGCAUGCAUAUAUACACACACGCACAGUGGCAGGACCAUGGAAUGGAUGCAAUGGUGUGUACAAUACAAUAAAGAGUCAACCAGAGGAUCAGUUGCAACAUUCAAAUUCUGGUACGUUUUAUUUGCUUCGUAAAACAACAGGUGUAGACUGACUGUGAAAUGCUUACCUACGGGUCCUUUUCGAACGACGCAGAGUUAAAAAUAAAAUAGAAAAAGUGACAUGAGGAGUAAAUACACAGUGAAUAACGAAUAACAAUGACAAGUAAAAAUAACAUGGCUAUACAUGGGGAGUACCAGCACCGAGUCGAUGUGCAGUGGUAUGAGGAAAUUGAGGUAGAUACAGUGGGGGAAAAAAAGUAUUUAGUCAGCCACCAAUUGUGCAAGUUCUCCCACUUAAAAAGAUGAGAGAGGCCUGUAAUUUUCAUCAUAGGUACACGUCAACUAUGACAGAUAAAUUGAGAGAAAAAAAAUCCAGAAAAUCACAUUGUAGGAUUUUUUAUGAAUUUAUUUGCAAAUUAUGGUGGAAAAUAAGUAUUUGGUCACCUACAAACAAGCAAGAUUUCUGGCUCUCACAGACCUGUAACUUCUUCUUUAAGAGGCUCCUCUGUCCUCCACUCGUUACCUGUAAUAAUGGCACCUGUUUGAACUUGUUAUCAGUAUAAAAGACACCUGUCCACAACCUCAAACAGUCACACUCCAAACUCCACUAUGGCCAAGACCAAAGAGCUGUCAAAGGACACCAGAAACAAAAUUGUAGACCUGCACCAGGCUGGGAAGACUGAAUCUGCAAUAGGUAAGCAGCUUGGUUUGAAGAAAUCAACUGUGGGAGCAAUUAUUAGGAAAUGGAAGACAUACAAGACCACUGAUAAUCUCCCUCGAUCUGGGGCUCCACGCAAGAUCUCACCCCGUGGGGUCAAAAUGAUCACAAGAACGUUGAGCAAAAAUCCCAGAACCAUACGGGGGGGACCUAGUGAAUGACCUGCAGAGAGCUGGGACCAAAGUAACAAAGCCUACCAUCAGUAACACACUACGCCGCCAGGGACUCAAAUCCUGCAGUGCCAGACAUGUCCCCCUGCUUAAGCCAGUACAUGUCCAGGCCCGUCUGAAGUUUGCUAGAGUGCAUUUGGAUGAUCCAGAAGAGGAUUGGGAGAAUGUCAUAUGGUCAGAUGAAACCAAAAUAUAACUUUUUGGUAAAAACUCAACUCGUCGUGUUUGGAGGACAAAGAAUGCUGAGUUGCAUCCAAAGAACACCAUACCUACUGUGAAGCAUGGGGGUGGAAACAUCUUGCUUUGGGGCUGUUUUUCUGCAAAGGGACCAGGACGACUGAUCCGUGUAAAGGAAAGAAUGAAUGGGGCCAUGUAUCGUGAGAUUUUGAGUGAAAACCUCCCAUCAGCAAGAGCAUUGAAGAUGAAACGUGGCUGGGUCUUUCAGCAUGACAAUGAUCCCAAACACACCGCCCGGGCAACGAAGGAGUGGCUUCGUAAGAAGCAUUUCAAGGUCCUGGAGUGGCCUAGCCAGUCUCCAGAUCUCAACCCCAUAGAAAAUCUUUGGAGGGAGUUGAAAGUCUGUGUUGCCCAGCGACAGCCCCAAAACAUCACUGCUCUAGAGGAGAUCUGCAUGGAGGAAUGGGCCAAAAUACCAGCAACAGUGUGUGAAAACCUUGUGAAGUCUUACAGAAAACGUUUGACCUGUGUCAUUGCCAACAAAGGGUAUAUAACAAAGUAUUGAGAAACUUUUGUUAUUGACCAAAUACUUAUUUUCCACCAUCAUUUGCAAAUAAAUUCAUUAAAAAUCCUACAAUGUGAUUUUCUGGGAAAAAAAUUGUUUUCAUUUUGUCUGUCAUAGUUGACGUGUACCUAUGAUGAAAAUUAUAGGCCUCUCUCAUCUUUUUAAGUGGGAGAACUUGCACAAUUGGUGGCUGACUAAAUACUAUUUUCCCCCACUGUAUGUACAUAUACAGUACCAGUCAAAAGUUUGGACUAUUUUCUACAUUGUAGUAUAAUAGUGAAGACAUCAAAAAUAUUAAAUAACACACAUGGAAUCAUGUAGUAACCAAAAAAGUGUUAAACAUAUCAAAAUAAAUUUUAGAUUCUUCAAAGUAGCCACCCUUUGCCUUGAUGACAGCUUUGCACACUCUUGGCAUUCUCUCAACCAGCUUCACCUGGAAUGCUUUUCCAACAGUCUUGAAGGAGUGUCCACAUAUGCUGAGCACUUGUUGGCUGCUUUUCCUUCACUCUGCGGUCCAACUCAUCCCAAACCAUCUGAAUUUGGUUGAGGUCAGGUGAUUGUGGAGGCCAGGUCAUCUGAUGCAGCACUCCAUCACUCUCCUUAUUGGUCAAAUAGCCCUUACACAGCCUGGAGGUGUGUUGGAUCAUUGUCCUUUUGAAAAACAAAUGAUAGUCCCACUAAUCGAUAACCAGAUGGGAUGGCGUAUCGCUGCAGAAUGCUGUGGUAGCCAUGCUGGUUAAGUGUGCCUUGAAUUCUAAAUAAAUCACAGACAUUGUCACCAGCAAAGCACCAUCACACCUUCUCCACCAUGCUUCACGGUGGGAACCACACAUGCGGAGAUCAUCCGUUCACCUACUCUGCGUCUCACAAAGACAUGGUGGCUGGAACCAAAAAUCUCAAAUUUGGACUCAUCAGACCAAAGGACAGAUUUCCACUGGUCUAAUGUCCAUUGCUUGUGUUUCUUUGCCCAAGCAAGUCUCUUCUUCUUAUUGGUGUCCUUUAGUAGUGUUUUUUUUGUAGCAAUUCGACCAUGAAGGCCUGAUUCACACAGUCUCCUCUGAACAGUUGAUGUUGAGAUGUGUCUGUUACUUGAACUCUGUGAAGCAUUUAUUUGUGCUGCAAUUUCUGAGGCUGGUAACUAAUGAACUUAUUCUCUGCAGCAGAGGUAACUCUGGGUCUUCCUUUCCUGUGGUGGUCCUCAUGAGAGCCAGUUUCAUUAUAGCACUUGAUGGUUUUUGCAACUGCACUUGAAGAAACUUUCAAAGUUCUUGACAUUUUCUGAAUUGACUGAUGGACUGUCAUUUCUCUUUGCUUAUUUGAGCUGUUCUUGCCAUAAUAUGGACUUGUUCUUUUACCAAAUAGGGCUAUCUUCUGUAUACCACCCCUACCUUGUCACAACACAACUGAUUGGCUCAAACGCAUUAAGAAGGAAAGAAAUUCCACAAAUUAACUUUUAACAAGGCACACCUGUUAAUUAAAAUGCAUUCCAGGUGACUACCUCAUGAAGCUGAUUGAGAGAAUGCCAAGAGUGUGCAAAGCUGUCAUCAAGGCAAGGGGUGGCUACUUUGAAGAAUCUCAAAUAUAAAAUAUAUUUGGCUACACUGUAUAUACAAAGUAUGUGGACACCCCUUCAAAUUAGUGGAUUCGGCUAUUUCAUCAGCACCCAUUGCUGACACGUGUAUAAAAUUGAGCACACAGCCAUGCAAUCUCCAUAGACAAACAUUGGCAGUAGAAUGCCCAUACUGAAGCGCUCAGUAACUUUCAACGUGGCACCGUCAUAGGAUGCCACCUUUCCAACAAGUCAGUUCGUCACAUUUCUGCCCUGCUAGAUCUGCCCGGUCAACUGUAAGUGCUGUUAUUGGGAAGUGGAAAUGUAUAGGCGCAACAACGGCUCAGCCGACAAGUGGUAGGCCACACAAGCUCACAGAAUGGGACCGCCGAGUGCUGUAAUGCGUAAAAAUCGCCUGUCUUCGGUUGCAACACUCCAAACUGCCUCUGGAAGCAACGUCAGCACAAUAACUGUUCGUCGGGAGCUUCAUGAAAUGGGUUUCCAUGGCCGAGCAGCCGCACACAAGCCUAAGAUCGCCAUGUGCAAUGCCAAGUGUUGGCUGGAGUGGUGUAAAGCUUGCCACCAUUGAUCUCUCGAGCAGGGCUCCCGAGUGGGCAGCGGUCUAAGGCACUGCAUCUCAGUGCUAGAGGCGUCACUACAGACCCUGGUAUAAUUCCAGGCUGUAUCACAAUCCGGCCGUGAUUGGGAGUCCCAUAGGGCGGCGCACAAUUGGCCCAGCGUCGUCCGGGUUUGGCCGGGGCAGGCUGUCAUUGUAAAUAAGACGUUUUUCUUAACUGACUUGCCUAGUUAAAUAAAGGUUUAAAAAAAUAAUAAUACAAAAGUGUAAACGGGGCGAAUGAUAUGUUCGAUGAGCAGGUGUCCACAUACUUUUGGUCAUGUAGUGUAUUUAGUUAGCUAUUUAACAGUCUUAUGGCAUGGGGAUAGAAGCUGUUUAGGAGCCUGUUGGUGUCAGACUUGAUGCGCCUGUACCGCUUGCCGUGCGGAAGCAGAGAGAAUAGUCUAUGGCUUGGGUGGUUGGAGUCUUUAACGAUUUUCCGGGCAUUCCUUUCACACCGCCUGAUAUAGAGGUCCAGGAUGGCAGUACAGCUGUAGAAGUUUUUGAGAUUUGAGGGCCCAUGUCAAACCUUUUCAACCUCCUGAGGGGGUGUAGACACCGAGGAACUUGAAGCUCUCGACCCGCUCCACUACAGCCCAAUCGAUGUGGAUAGGGACGUGCUCGCUCCUCCGUUUCCUGUAGUCCACGAUCAGCUCCUUUGUCUUGCUGACGUUGAGGUAGAGGUUGUUGUCCUGGCACCACACUGCCAGGUCUCUGACCUCCUCCCUAUAGGCUGCCUCAUCGUCGUCGGUGAGCAGUCCUACCAUUGUUGUGUCGUCAUCGACCACGCGGUCCUGGUUGAACAGGGACUACAGGAAGGGGAUUAAGCACACACCCCUGAGGGGCCCCCUGUGUUGAUGGUCAGCAUGGCGGAAGUGUUGUGGCCUACCCUCACCACUUGGUGUCCGGGAUGAUGGUGUUGAUAUGAGCCAUGACCAGCCUUUCAAAGCGUUUCAUGGCUGUAGAUGUGAGUGCUACGGGGCAAUAGUCAUUUAGGCAGGUUACCAUGGCGUUCUUGGCCACAGGUAAUAUGGUGGUCUGCUUGAAACAAGUUGGUAUUACAGACCGGGUCAGGGAUAGGUUGGAAAAUGUCAGUGAAGACACUUGCCAGCUGGUCAGCGCAUGCUCUGAGUAUGUGUCUUGGUAUUCUGUCUGGCCAUGUGGCCUUGAGAAUGUUAACCUGUUUUAAAGGUCUCUGGAAAGCGAGAUCACGCAUGGUUCAGUGUUGCUUGCCUCGAAGCUGUUCUGAUGUCCAGAUGCUGUUUUCGAUCAUAGUAAAUGAUGGUGGAGACAUUAUGUAAAAAAAAAAAAAAAAAAAAAGAUCAAAUCGCAGAAUUGAUCAGGAGCACGUAAGACUGCUACUAUUCACUGCAGCGCCAUCUUGGUCAACGACAUUGUCCUGAUCAGUCUUGUUCCUCAUUCUAGUUCUACCUACUCUGCCCUGUCUACUGCCCUGACCACAUGACCAAUUCCCCAGGUAGGGAAUAACAUGCCCGUGGACGCUGUCGGCUGCUGAGUCAUUCUCUCACGCCGUGUCCCAAAUGGCACCCUGUUCCCUAUAUAGUACUCUACUUUUGACCAGGGCCUAUAGGGUCAUUUGUGCACUAUGUAGGGAAUAUUUUUGACAACCAUUCUCUGUCUGGGAUGGUGCACUGGCUGGUUCCAAUAAAAAAGAAGUCACUCACCACUGUAAUCAGCAGCUACUUAUUUACAGCAGGGCAGAGGAGAAUAGCCGACUCUGGGCUGUAACAUCGCUGCUCUUUGAGCUCUGUCUAGGCCAAGUACAGACUCAAAGCCAGUCGGACUUACUUUGGACAGAGAUGGAAGAGUGGUGUGUGUGUGUUUUUGGGGAGGGGACGGUGGUCACUGUGACGUGUUUUUAGAAUAAUAGACCUCCCAGGAAACAGGCUUUUUUUGUCUUGUGAUUCUUGUUGUUUUGUCGUCCUCCGCUUUUGUGGGAGGCCAAUAUAUUUUUCCGGUUCAGACAGUUUGUGUUGCUGUGUAUGUGUAGUAUUUGUCUGGCUACGUGUAGAAGAGCUAAAAAGUACCUUGUGUAUAUAAAUGGAUUACUUAAUAUAAACUGUGUGGUUCGAGCCCUGAAUGCUGAUUGGCUGAGAGCCGUGGUAUAUCAGACCAUAUACCACGGGUAUGACAAAACAUUUAUUUUUACUAAUCUAAUUAUAUAAAUAGAUUACAUAAUAUGCACCACACAUUUUUAUAUUCACACACGUACCACAAACACUGCGUGGUGGGUGUCGUGACAAGAUAUCAAGUGAGUAUGUGGGCGUUAAUAUUUCUGUGGCGCUUGAAAGACUCGCCUCAUAAGGCCAGGUAUUAUUAGGCCACUGUUCUACGGAGAGAGGAGGGAGGGGACGUUCACCAUGAGGAACGUGCAAAGUCACACUCACUACAACUCUCUCCUCCCAACUCUGACUAUGAGGAAAUAGCACAGGAUAAUAAUAAACUGAAAAUCAUCUGGAAUCACUCAUAAUCAGUCAAUUGUAUUCACAUUUUCCACAAAUAAAACUAAUUAAACUGAACAGAAAUGAACUGUGUGUCUGUGUCCCUCUGCAGGAGAUCAAGCUUGCCUACAAGAUGGCCAAGCGCUUCUACUCCAACCCUCCGCUGUGGGCCAAGUGUCUGUUCAGCCACUGCUACAGCCUGUGGUUCAUCUGUCUGCCCGUGGGGGUGAGGUUGGUCCAGUCCAAGAGCUGGGCCAUGCAGCAGGCCUACAACGUCCUGCUCAAGAUGAGGACCUCUGAGGUGGAGGUCCUAGAUGAGGUGAGGGGAAGGGAGGGGAGUGGGGGUAUGGGAAGGGUUGCGUUGUGGGGUUUUGGUUGUGGGGAUGGUGGGGAGAUUGGUAUGUAAGGGGGUAGUGUUUGUUUGUCAAUGUUUGUUAACAUGAGUCUUUGAGUAGGCUUGUGUGUGUGUGUUGGUGUCAUCAUUCCCGCUACAGGGAUAACGACUACAGUGGAAGUCUACUGUAGCUAUUAAGUUAUUAUUAGCCACCAUCUCUCCCUCUGUAGGUGUGUUACCGUGUAGUGAUGCAGCUGUGUGGUGUGUACGGUCAGCCUGUCAUGGCCGUCCGUGUUCUGGUGGAGAUGAAGAAGGCGGGGGUGCACCCUAACGCUAUCACCUAUGGAUACUACAACAAGGUAGGUUACUUUAACCAGCCCAUGCACUUACAGGUAUCUGCCAAAAUAAAGGAAACGCCAACAUAGUGUCUUAAUAGGGCGUUGGGCCAGAACUGCUUCAAUGCGCCUUGUCAUAGAUUCUACACGUGUCUGGAACUCUAUUGGAGGGAUGCGACAACAUUCUUCCAUGAGAAAUUCCAUCAUUUGGUGUUUUGUUGAUGGUGGUGGAAACCGCUCCAGAAUCUCCUAUAAGUGUUCAAUUGGGUUGAGAUCUGGUGACUGAGAAACGUGUGUGUGUGUGUGUGUGUGUGUAUAUAUAUAUAUAUAUGUGUAUAUAUAUAUAUAUAUAUAUAUCUCAGCAAAAAAAAAAGAAACGUCCUCUCACUGUCAACUGCGUUUAUUUUCAGCAAACUUAACAUGUUUAAAUAUUUGUAUGAACAUAGCAAGAUUCAACAACUGAGACAUAAACUGAGCAAGUUCCACAGACAUGUGACUAACAGAAGUGGAAUAACGUGUCCCUGAACAAAGGGGGGGUAACAGUCAGUAUCUGGUGUGGCCACCAGCUGCAUUAAGUACUGCAGUGCAUCUCCUCCUCAUGGACUGCACCAGAUUUGCCAGUUCUUGCUGUGAGAUGUUACCCCACUCUUCCACCAAGGCACCUGCAAGUUCCCAGACAUUUCUGUGGGGAAUGGCCCUAGCCCUCAACCUCCGAUCCAACAGGUCCCAGACGUGCUCAAUGGGAUUGAGAUCCGGGCUCUUCGCUGGCCAUGGCAGAACACUGACAUUCCUGUCUUGCAGGAAAUCACGCACAGAACGAGCAGUAUGGCUGGUGGCAUUGUCAUGCUGGAGGGUCAUGUCAGGAUGAGCCUGCAGGAAGGGUACCACAUGAGGCAGGAGGAUGUCUUUCCUGUAACGCACAGCGUUGAGAUUGCCUGCAAUGACAACAAGCUCAGUCCAAUGAUGCUGUGACACACCACCCCAGACCAUGACGGACCCUCCCCCUCCAAAUCGAUCCCACUCCAGAGUACAGGCCUCGGUGUAACGCUCAUUCCUUCGACAAUAAACGCGAAUCCGACCAUCACCCCUGGUGAGACAAAACUGCGACUCGUCAGUGAAGUGCCCUUUUUGCCAGUCCUGUCUGGUCCAGCGACGGUGGGUUUGUGCCCAUAGGCGACGUUGUUGCCGGUGAUGUCUGAUGUCCUACAAGCCCUCAGUCCAGCCUCUCUCAGCGUAUUGCGGACAGUCUGAGCACUGAUGGAGGGAUUGUCAUUCCUGGUGUAACUUGGGCAGUUGUUGUUGCCAUCCUGUACCUGUCCCGCAGGUGUGAAGUUCGGAUGUACCGAUCCUGUGCAGGUGUUGUUACACGUAGUCUGCCACUGCAAGGACGAUCAGCUGUCCGUCCUGUCUCCCUGUAGCGCUGUCUUAGGCGUCUCAAGGUACGGACACCUGGCCACAUCUGCAGUCCUCAUGCCUCCUUGCAGCAUGCCUAAGGCACGUUCACGCAGAUGAGCAGGGACCCUGGGCAUCUUCUUUGGGGGGGGGGGGGGGGGGGGUUUCAUAGUCAGUAGAAAGGCCUCUUUAGUGUCCUAAGUUUUCACAACUGUGACCUUAAUUGCCUACCGUCUGUAAGCUGUUAGUGUCUUUAACGACCGUUCCACGGGUGCAUUAAUUGUUUAUGGUUCAUUGAACAAGCAUGGGAAACAGUGUUUAAACCCUUUACAAUGAAGAUCUGUGAAGUGAUUUGGAUUUUUACGAAUUAUCUUUGAAAGACCGGGUCCUGAAAAGGGGACGUUUCUUUUUUUGCUGAGUUUUUAUAUAUAUAUACACACACACACACACCCUUUAAACCCCCUAUGCUCCUUUGAGACCACUCCUUCAAAGUCACUGAGAUCCUGACCGGCUUCCCGACCCAGUUGCAUAGGGCGGGGUUCAGACCCAGGGCCUCAAGCUUAAUGAUGAGCUUGGAGGGUACUAUGGUGUUGAAUGCUGAGCUAUAGUCAAUGAACAACAUUCUUACAUAGGUAUUGCUCUUGUCCAGAUGGGAUAGGGCGGUGUGAUGGCAAUUGCAUCGUCUGUGGAUCUAUUGGGGUGGUAAGCAAAUUUGAAGUGGGUCUAGGGUGGCAGGUGAGGUAGAGAUGAUAUGAUCCUUCACUAGUCUCUCAAAGCACUUCAUAAUGACAGUAGUGAGUGCUACGGGGCGAUAGUCAUUUAGUUCAGUUACCUUUGCUUUCUUGGGUACAGGGGCAAUGGUGGCCAUCUUGAAGCAUGUGGGGACAGCAGACUGGGAUAGGGAGAGAUUGAAUAUGUCCAUAAACAUACCAGCCUGCUGGUCUGCGCAUGCUCUGAGGACGCGGCUAGGGAUGUCAUCUGGGCCGGCAGCCUUGCGAGGGUUAACACACUUAAAUGUCUUACUCACGUCGGCCACAGAAAAGGAGAGCCCACAGUCCUUGGUAGAAGGUCGCGUCGGUGGCAUUGUAUUAUCCUCAAAGCGGGCGAAGAAGGUGUUUUAGCUUGUUCGGAAGCAAGAAGUCAGUGUCCGCGACAUGGCUGGUUUCCCUUUUGUAGUACGUGAUUGUCUAUAGACCCUGCCACAUACGUCUCGUGUCUGAGCCAUUGAAUUGCGACUCCACGUUGUCCCUAUACUGACAUUUUGCCUGUUUGAUUGCCUUGCGGAGGGAAUAACUACACUGUUUGUAUUCUGCAUAUUCCCAGUCACUUUACCGUGGUUAAUUCCCGGGGUUCGCGCUUUCAGUUUUGCGUGAAUGCUGCCCAUCUAGCCACGGUUUCUGGUUAGGGUAGGUUUUAAUAGUCACAGUGGGUACAACAUCUCCUAUACACUUCCUGAUAAACUCCGUCACCGUAUCAGUAUAUCCGUCAAUAUUAUUCUCUGAAGCUACCUGGAACAUAUCCCAGUACGCGUGAUCAAAACAAUCUUGAAGCGUGGAUUCCGAUUGGUCAGACCAGCGUUGAAUAGUCCUUAGCACGGGUACUUCCUGUUUGAGUUUGAGUUGAGGAGCAAAAUAGAGUAGUGGUCAGAUUUGCCGAAAGGAGGGCGGGGCAGGGCCUUGUAGGCAUCCCGGAAGUUGGAGUAGCAGUGGUCGUGUGUUUUAGCAGCACAAGUACUACAGUCGAUAUGUUAAUAGAACUUCGGCAGCCUUUUCCUCAAAUUUGCUUUGUUAAAAUCCCCAGCUACAAUAAAUGCAGCCUCAGGAUAUGUGGUUUCCAGUUUGCAUAAAGUCCAGUGAAGUUCUUUGAGGGCUGUCAUGGUAUCUGCUUGAGGGGGGAUAUACACGGCCGUGACUAUAACCGAAGAAAAUUAUCUUGGGAGAUAAUACGGUCGGCAUUUGAUUGUGAGUUAUUCUAGGUCGGGUGAACAAAAGGACUUGAGUUCCUGUAUGUUAUCACAAUUACACCAUGAGUCGUUAAUCAUAAAACAUACACCUCCGCCCUUCUGCUUCCCGGAGAGAUAUUUAUUCCUGUGUGCGCGAUGAACUGAGAAUACAACUGGCUGGAACGACUCAGACAGUAUAUUCUGAGAGAGCCAUGUUUCCGUGAAACAAAGUAUGUUACAAUCCCUGAUGUCUCUCUGGAAAGAAACUCUCACCCUGAGCUUGUCAGCUUUAUUAUCCAGAGACUGAACAUUAGCGAGUAAUAUAAUCGGAAGCGGUGGGUGGUGUGCACGCCUCCUAAGUCGGACUAGAAGGCCGCUCCGAGUACCUCUCCUCCGCCUGCGUUGUUUUGGGUCGGCCUCUGGAAUCAGUUCAAUUGACCUGGGGGGUGCAAACAAAGGAUCCGCUUCGGGAAAGUCGUAUUCCUGGUCGUAAUGCUGGUGAGUUACUGCCGCUCUGAUAUCCAAUAGUUCUUCCCGGCUGUAUGUAAUAACACAAACAAUUUUGGGGGGCUAAUAACUUAACAAAUAAUACAUAAAAAAACUAAAUACUGCAACGUUUCCUAAGGGCUAGACGCAAGGCAGCCCUCUCUGUCGGCACCAUUUUCACUGAAUGGACAUUGCUCGUCCAUAUAUUUAUGUAUUCUUAAUUCCGUUGCUUUACUUAGAUUUGUGUGUAUUGGGCGUAUGUUGUGAAAUUGUUAGAUAUUACUUGUUAGAUAUUACUGCACUGUUGGAGCUAGACACACAAGCAUUUCGCUAUACCCGCAAUAACAUCUGCUAAACACGUGUAGGUGACCAAUAAAACUUGAUUUGAUUUGACCUUAUAUCUGCAAACAUUUAGGAUUAGGGCGAAGGGGUAGGGAGGGUUAGGGCACUUAAACUAGCUCAUACAAAUACCUAUAUCCAAAGCAGGUCCACGUUAACCUGCUAUCCACUCUUUACUCCAGGCUGUUCUGGAAGGCCCCUGGCCAAGUCGGAACCGCAGCGGUCUCUUCAUGUGGGCCAAGGUUCGCAACGUAGUGCGCACCGUGGCCCAAUUCAAACAGGCACUCCACCAGACGCCUGCCACGAAAGCACCCACCAAUACGACAGGUGAGGUGUCAGAACACUACAGAGACAGAGAAUGGUUGAGUGUCAAUCACUUAGGUUGGAGUGGAAUCACCGCAGUUUUUGCACCAAAUGCAUAUUUCUUUCUACAUUUUAAAAAUCCAUUUUAACUUUGCAAUAUAAUGAAUCUGUGCUUGAUUGUAGGACAAUAAACUCAAUUCACAAUAAUACAGUAUAUUAUACGGUACAGGGCUACUUGCUUUGUUUCUUUGCAUAACUACUAAAUGGUAAAGGGCAGUAGCUCCCUUUUUUAGCUUACUCACCUAAAACUAUGAUCUGGGACACAGGAAGUGAUGUAGGCUUGUUCUCUCUCUGUAGUGGUGUCGGUGAGCGGCGACCGGCUGAGCCACGGGAGUGCAGACCCCUCCAGUGAGGUGAAUGGAGAUGAUCACAUACUGUUCGCACGCAGCCUCAUCAUAGGAGACGCCACGGACAACCACUACAGCACAGGUAGACUGCAGCAGCACGGGUAGACUGCAGCAGCACGGGUAGACUGCAGCAGCACGGGUAGACUGCAGCAGCACGGGUAGACUGCAGCAGCACGGGUAGACUGCAGCCUGGAGACACUGGACCAGGCCCCUCAAACAACUUUGCCUAGCUCCUAGCCCCUAUCCCCUAGCUCCUAGUCCCUAUCCCGUAGCUCCUAGCUCCUAUCCCCUAGCUGCUAGUCCCUAUCCCCUAGCUCCUAUCCCCUAGCUCCUAUCCCCUAUCCCCUAGCCCCUAGCUGCUAGCCCCUAUCCCCUAGCUGCUAGCCCCUAUCCCCUAGCUGCUAGUCCCUAUCCCCUAGCUCCUAGCUCCUAGCUCCUAACCCCUAUCCCCUAGCUGCUAGUCCCUAUCCCCUAGCCCCUAGCUGCUAGCCCCUAUCCCCUAGCUCCUAGCCCCUAGCAGCUAGCCCCUAUCCCCUAGCUGCUACUUGAAACCCCACCUCUUUAAGGAAUACCUGGGAUAGGAUAAAGUAAUCCUUCUACCCCCCCCUUACCCCACCCCCCCCAAAAAAAAAAAAACAUUUGUAAAGUGGUUGUCCCACUGGCUAUCAUAAGGUGAAUGCACCAAUUUGUAAGUCGCUCUGGAUAAGAGCGUCUGCUAAAUGACAAAUGUACAAAUGUAAUGCUAACCCCUAUCCCCUAGCUGCUAGCCCCUAUCCCCUAGCUGCUAGCCCCUAUCCCCUAGCCGCUAGCCCCAAGCUGCUAGCCCCAAGCUGCUAGCCCCUAGCUGCUAGCCCCUAUUCCCCUAGCUGCUAGCCCCUAUCCCCUAGCUGCUAGCCCCUAUCCCCUAGCUGAUAUCCCCUAGCUGCUAGCCCCUAUCCCCUAGCUGCUCGCUCCUAUCCCCUAGCUGCUAGCCCCUAUCCCCUAGCUGCUAGCCCCUAUCCCCUAGCUGCUCGCUCCUAUCCCCUAGCUGCUAGCCCCUAGCUGCUAGCCCCUAUCCCCUAGCUGCUAGCCCCUAUCCCCUAGCUGCUAGCCCCUAUCCCCUAGCUGCUCGCCCCUAUCCCCUAGCUGCUAGCCCCUAUCCCCUAGCUGCUCGCUCCUAGCCCUUAGCUGCUCGCCCUUAUCCCCUAGCUGCUCGCCCCUAUCCCCUAGCUGCUCGCCCCUAUCCCCUAGCUGCUCGCCCUUAUCCCCUAGCUGCUAGCCCCUAUCCCCUAGCUGCUAGCCCCUAGCUGCUAGCCCAUAUCCCCUAGCUGCUCGCCCUUAUCCCCUAGCUGCUAGCCCCUAUCCCCUAGCUGCUAGCCCCAAGCUGCUAGCCCCCAACCCCUUAGAUAUUCACAGAUCUGAACGGACUGGGUAGAUGAAAACAAUAUGUUUGUGUCCCACAGGAGGUCAGUCUGACCAGGGCUACGGCUCUAAAGAUGAGUUGCAUCAGGAGCUAGUGGAUUUGGCUCAAUCAGCAGCCCCUCUCAUCGAUGUGGAUCACUGCAGCAAGCCCAAAGCACAGCACAACGGUAACCAACACCGGCAUCUCCAGAAUAUCAACUCCAGUCUAAUAUAGAAGAGCUCAUCUGCUGGUUGAGCAUGCAUUUUUAUUCAGGAUUUUCUAUUAGCAAAAAUUUAUUUAAAAAAACGUUCUUCAAUUGAUUUGGGAUCAUGUCUCUUCAUGUGGGGACAUAGCUGGCUCGGUGGACAGUGUAGUGGUUGUAGCGGAGCCCCACAGCCCUGUUGAAGCCCUCCCACAUGUCCCCAGCAUUGUCAAGCUGUCCACAGGAGGGAGCUUCGAUACCGCCAUGAAGAGAGGGGACACCGGUAAGUGACAGGAGCAGACUCAAACCUAUAAACCUAAUCUCAAUCUGAGGUUGACACAUUUGAUAUUAAGGGUAACAUGUCUGCAAUAUCACUGAACUCUGGGGGGCGGGACAAUAUGUCAAAUGUUAUAGUUAUUUGGGGAAACUUCCGGACAGAAAACGUCCCCCAGAAUUGAAGGCAUGCUUCUGUGUUCAUCUCUACCACCAGCCCCAGGAAAGCUGUUCUCUCUGCACAGCCAGAGCGAGGACGUCUCUCUGCCGGAGGAGAGUGAGUCUGCAGCCCCGGGUGGCUCCGGGGAGGUGGGGUCUGCGGUCCAGGGGCAGGGCCAGCGCCAGAAGGCCUUCUCGGAGCGCAGCUGCAGCUUCAGCGCCGAGAGUCGUGCCGGCAUGCUGAUGGAGAAACAUGGCGUGGACCACAUCGCGAGACACAUGGGUGCCGAUGCCCGAAUCCUCGCCGCUGCCCUUUCUGGGUGUGGCACCACCCCCCCGCCUACAAAUCCGCCAUCCAAGGCCCUUUUUAAGGAGUUGGAGUCUGAGGAGGGGCGUGGUCCGAUGCUGAGGAAACUGUCAGAGGAGGGGCCUGUAAUGGACCCAACCCCACUGGAGGAGGGGCUAGGGAAAGAGGAGAAGAGAAUGGAUGGGGAGGAGGCUUCAGGGGAGGGUGAGAUGGGACUGAAGUUGGAGGAGGAGGAAGAAGAGGAAGGAGAUUCAGGGGGGAGGGGUGCUAGCUCUCUGCCAACCCUGGAGAUGAAGGAGGUGGAGAUGGGGGCUGAUCCCCUCUCCCUGCUGGUCUCGGAGCACGAAGAGUUGGCCUCCGUAACCAGCCAGGAGCUGCCGCACUCUCUGCCCACCAUGGUGUCCCGAAACCUGGCAGACGAGAUUGAGAUGUACAUGAGCCUGCGAAGCCCACUGGGCCCCAAGUCCUCCAGCAUGGAGCUCCAACAGGGGUUCCAGGGAGCGGACUCUUCCCCGGACACUGCCCCAGUUAAGCAACCUAUAGAACGGAGGUCCAGUCUCCCUGUGCCCCCCGUCAAACAUCCAGGGGGGUCAAGCGGGGACUCGACGCCCAAACGCAGCCCUGCUGCCGUCACGCGCUCCAAGACCUUUGCCGUUAAGGCCACCAGGAGCCCCGCCUCUUCCAGCGGCGUUGUAGCCAGCCCGAGGUCGUCGCUGACGGCGCUGGUGAGGUCAUCGCAGAGCGGCUCGCUGGGCUCGGUCAUCAACUCCAUCUCAGGCAUGAAGAUGGAUGCCCUGCUCUCUGGUCCCAAGAUGGACGUGUUAAAGUCGGGCAUGAAGCAGGCCGGGAACCUGGCCAGCAAGGUGUGGGGGAGCCGUGGCCUCCGCCUACUCCUACUCCGACGACGAGGUGAGCGGGGGUGGACUGCAGAACAUACAUACAUAGAUGAACUAAGAAAUAACAGUAAAAUGGUAAUUAAUUACACAAUAAUAACCUGCAACAGCCGGAUGAUAUAGAUACCACACUGUCAAACACCAUUAUAUACAGACAAAUAAUGGAAGCCUUUCACUAUACAAGCAGAGCUUCUCAUUUCAGUUUCACCUCGCAAAUCAAAUUGCAGAAUGCAUUCAGUGUUGUACAUGGGAGUAAUAUGAAGAUUCACAAUAGUUUAGAAGUUUACAUUUUUUCUUAUUUCCCCCCUCUCCGCAGGAUGAGCUUGCCCCGGGCUACAGGGAUAGGGAUAGUUUCCCUGCCGGGCUGGAUGAGUCCAUGCUGUCAGGGGGUGGAGGAGGAGACAGUCCCACCCACAGAGGGCCAACCCAAGGCCUGGUGUCCAACGGACUGACACAGAGCAGCACCAGCCUGGCCAGCAGCAGUAGCAGCAGUGACACAGGGAGAAGACCUCACUCCACACGUAAGACACACACACACACACACACACACACACCUGUGUACGUGCCCACAGUCACAGCGUUACCCGUGUACGCAGUCAAACACAGUAAAAAGAUGUGGACGGGUGUAUGGUUGAAAACUGAGUGUAGAAGUGUGUGACUGUAUACUCUGUGUGUGUGUGUGAAGAAGUGGCUCCAGGAAGACCAGGGAGAGGUCCAGACUCUGAUCAAGGCUCCCACCACGCCAGCUCCUCUAGUAUCUACCAGAACUGUGCCAUAGAGGUGAGAAUAUCAUACUCACAAUUACUGGCUACACUACUCAAUAUACUGUCUCACAAAGACCCAGUCAAAGACUGAGUACAAAUGCUUUAAUAACCUGACAGUACAUACAUAGGAGCUAUAGACUCAUUAUGGACUGUGACAUCUUGAUAUCCGUAACAGGAGUUUGCUGUUGUUAUCUAGCCAGGGAGCCUCAAGUAGCCUAUGCCAGGUGCAUCUGUAAUGCUUCUGCGUGUGCGUGUGUGUGUGUGUGUGUCCGCGUGUCCCUAGGUGCUGAUGUCCAGUUGCUCUCAGUGUCGGUCGUGUGAGUGUCUGGUGUACGACGAGGAGAUCAUGGCGGGCUGGACGGCAGACGACUCUAACCUCAACACCACCUGUCCCUUCUGCCGCACCUCCUUCCUGCCCAUGCUCCACGUCGAGUUCCACGACCUGCGCACAAACCCAGGGUGGGUGUCUGUGGAUUUGUCGAUCAUUGAAUAGAUCCAUUUAAUAGUAUAUUUAAAUAAAUAGGAUGAAUACUUUUUCCUGUUGUAAAGGCCCACUAUGAGGUUGGAAUAAUACUGUGAAAAUAAUUAUAAUGCCCUUUUAAUUGUUUGAAAAGACUGACAUUUCUGCCUGUUUUGGUGGGAUGGAGUUUUGGCCUGCUUGGUGACAUCACCAGGCGGUAAAUUAGUUAAUAGCCCAAUAAGAAAGAGUUCCAAACCUCUCUGCCGAUAACAGCUAGUUUUCAGUUUCCCACUCAGACCACUCCUAGACAGGCCUAGCAAAAUUCUUACUCUUUGCUAAGACACUAUUUUUGUUUCUUUUUAACCAUUUUAAUUUAAAACAAUCACAGUAAGGUACUUAAUUGUUGAAACAUUUGGACCACAUGGUUCCCAUUUUGCCUGGUGCAAAUCAAACACUGCAUUCCACAGUAAGAACCUUAUACCAACGGUCAAGCAUGGUGGUGGUAGUGUGAUGGUUUGGGGAUGCUUUGCUGCCUCAGGACCUGGACGACUUACCUUUAUAGAAGGUACCAUGAAUUCUGCUCUGUUUCAGAGAAUUCUAUAGGACAAUGUCUGGCCAUCUGUCUGUGAGCUGAAGCGCUGCUGGGUCAUGCAGCAAGACAAUGAUCCAAAACACACAAUCCAGUCUACAUGAAAAUGGCUAAAAAGAAACAAAUUAGAAAUUUUGGAAUGGCCUAGUCAAAGACCAGACCUAAUCCCAAUUGAGAUGUUGUGGCAGGACUUGAAACUAGUAGUUCAUGCUUGAAAACUCCCAAAUGUUGCUGAGUUAAAGCAGUUCUGCAUGGAAGAGUGGGCCAAAAUUCCUCCACAGCAACGAUAGAGACUGAUCAACAACUACAGGAAGUGUUUGGUUGGAGUCAUUGCAGCUAAAGGUGGCACAACCAGUUAUUGAGUGUAAGGGGGCAAUUACUUUUUCACACAGGGGCAUUGGGUGUUCCAUAACUUUGUUUAUGAAAUAAAUGUAAUAAGUAUGUAAUUGUUGUUAUUUGUUCCCUUUAUAUAAUAUUAGGUUUUGGUUGAAGAUCUGAUAACAUUCAGUAUUAAAAUAUGCAAAAAUAGAGACAAUUAGAGAGGGGGCAAAUACUUUUUCACAGCACUGUAUAUGGCUGGAUAGUUGUGUAUGUGGCUGGAUAGUUGUGUAUGUGGCUGGAUAGUUGUGUAUGUGGCUGGAUGGUUGUGUAUGCUCUAUUCUGUUUCAUAGUAUUGAUCUCCUCUCCAGGUUCUACCUGAAGCCCAGUGCAUCAGGAGACAGUAUCCACAGCGACCAACCCACAACUACAGGCUCCACCGAGCACAAGGUGGGGGGUGCAGCAGACACCCCGCGCCCGGAUCUCAUCAGCUUCCCAGAAUCCUCCUCUGAGGACCCAGGGGAGGCCCCGGCCAGCCAAACCGCCACUCACAAGAGGUCUGUUCACAGAAAUGCCUGACUCAAAAAAUAUUAUUUAACCAUCAUAUCACUUUUCAUUCUUCAUCUGAUUUGGUGUCUUGUAUUCAGAAAAUUAAAGGGUUAAUACAGUUUAGCGUGAAUGACUUAGUGACGAUACUAACACAGAUAGAACAAGGAGCCAGAUGUUUCACCGGAUGUAUAAAUCUGGUGAGGAGAGGAAGCCCAGUGGCCGGCAGUGAGGAAGUAUCGAGCUAGAUGGAACUGGGCUUACAUUCUGCAGAUUUCAAUAGCCCGAUCUGAAGCCCGAUCUCAAUACAGUUUUCUCCUCCCAAAACUAGAAUCUGUUACGAACAGAGUGCAUUACGUUUUGUAGACGUGACCCUUUGCCAAAGUUUCCAAAAAAAUGGCGUUGUUCACUUCACAGAGAAGAUGAACCCUAACGGAAAUAUUCAAAUGCAUGUUAGAAUGCGCCAAUAGUAUCUAGCUUGUGCUUGGCUCUGCCCACUUUUCUUGUUCUGCCCCCUAUGCUUCAUUUGCUCCCAUUGAAAAGACACACAUGAACUAUCUUGGGUUAUAAAUAUAUUUGAUACUAUUAUAAGGGCCAUCACCCUAAUGAUGCUAACUUCUUCCUCCUGUAAAUUGAACUGUCAGAGCCAAAACAUCACAAGCUGACGACUUGACUCACUCUUGCUGUAAAUGUUUCUGCUGUUAAAGUUCCUAUGUUUCUGUAUUUGCCCUCACCUCUGUACGUUUGUCAGUUUGGUACCGGAACCGGCUCAGUCGGACCCUCUGGGCCUGCUGGAACAGCAGGCAGGGAAGCGGGGGACGUCUCUGACGCGCAGUAACAGCGUGGGCGGGCCUCUACAGAGCCUGGUCUCUGUCCAGAGACAACCCGAACACAGCGUGUCCACCACCAGCCUGCCCUGCAGCCUGACAGAGGUGGUGAGUGUCCUUAGAAUGUUUUCAUAAUGUACCAAUAAUGUCCUCACAAUGUCCCAGUAAUGUCCUCGCAAUCCUUACCACUUACAGCGCACCAGGGCUUGAGUCAAUUACAUUUCAGUUAAGUCAAUUCAGGGUAUUAAUUGAAAUUCAUCUUAUGAAUCGAAAAUGACUAUUUCUAUAUGUGGACUUUCAUUGAAAUGUAAUUUACCGGUACUCUAGAAGUGCAGCAUGCAUACUGGCCAUGCAUUUACAGUACAUUCAGAAAGUAUUCAGACCCCUUGACUUUUUCCACAUUUUGUUAUGUUAAAGCCUUAUUGUAAAAUUGAUUAAAUGGAGAGAAAAAAAUCUCAACAAUCUACACAUAAUACCUCAUAAUGGCAAAGCGAAAACAGGUUUUUAGAAAUUUUAGCUAAUAGAUUCAAAAAACAGAAAUACCUUAUUUACAUAAUUAUUCAGACCCUUUGCUAUGAGACUCAAAAUUGAGCUUAGGUGCUUCCUGUUUCCAUUGAUCAUCCUUGAUGUUUCUACAACUUGAUUGGACUCCACCUGUGGUAAGUUCAAUUGAUUGGACGUGAUUUGGAAAGGCACACACCUGUCUAUAUAAGGUCCCACAGUUGACAGUGCAUGUCAGUGCAAAAACCAAGCCAUGAGGUCAACGGAAUUGUAUGUAGAGCUUUGAGACAUGAUUGGGUCGAGGCACAGAUCUGGAGAAGGGUACCAAAACAUUUCUGCAGCAUUGAAGGUCCCCAAGAACACAGUGGCCUCCAUCAUUCUUAAAUGGAAGAAGUUUGGAACCACCAAGAUUCUUCCUAGAGCUGGCUGCCCGGCCAAACUGAGCAAUCGGGGGAGAUGGGCCUUGGUCAGGAAGGUGACCAAGAAUCUGAUGGUCACUCUGACAGAGCUCAAGAGUUCCUGUGGAAAUGGGAGAACCUUCCAGAAGGACAACCAUCUCUGCAGCACUCCAGCAAUCAGGCCUUUAUGGUAGAGUGGCCAGACGGAAGCCACUCCUCAGUAAAAGGCACAACAGCCCGCUUGGAGUUUGUCAAAAGGCACCUAAAGGACCAUGAGAAACAAGAUUAUCUGGUCUGAUGAAACCAAGAUUGAACUCUUUGGCCUGAAUACCAAGUGUCACGUCUGGAGGAAUCCUGGCACCAUCCCUACGGUGAAGCAUGGUGGUGGCAGCAUCAUGCUGUGGGGAUGUUUUUCAGUGACAGGGAGACUAGUCAGGAUCGAAUGGAAAGAUGAACGGAGCAAAGUACAGAGAGAUCCUUGAUGAAAACAUGCUCCAGAGCGCUCAGGACCUCAGACAGGGGCGAAGGUUCACCUUCCAACAAAAGUUAUUGUGUGGAUGGUCAGAAGGAGUUACGCAACUGCUUAAAGCCCUGUGUGUGUGUGUGUGUGUGUGUAUCAGGAUGGCCUGGGACAAAAGCGUCCCAACCCCAUGCCAGUGUCUGUGCCCUACCUCAGUCCCCUGGUCCUCCGCAAAGAACUGGAGACCCUACUGGAGAAUGAGGGAGACCAGGUAACGCACAUUUAACAGAUCUAAGAAUAUGUUCAGAAAGAAGCAAUAUUUCGACUAGACAGGACAGCAAAAUAGAACCCAUAGAUUGUCACAUAUAAUAUGACUUAUUGUAUGUGGCAAUACUGUCAAGAUGUAGCUAUUGUAUGUGGCCCAUUUCCAUUGCAGUCAUUUAGCAGAUGAAAUUGUCAUUUUUCAAACUUACUUUUGCUGUUUCCAUCAUCCUAGUGACUUUACAGAUGUUAACAAUAAGCUGCAGUACCCCUUUUUGAGCACUGUUUAAUUCGCAAUCAGGUGAUCUACACCCAUAAGUUCCUGAGUCAGCACCCCAUCAUCUUCUGGAACCUGGUGUUUUAUUUCUGUCGCCUGGACCUUCCCAGCUACUUGCCUGGCCUCAUCCUCACCUCAGAACACUGCAACAAUGGCGUACAGGUACAUGGCCAUGCAGGGAACACACACACACACAGACUACUCCUGUUCACCUGAAAGUACUGCAACAAUAGACUACAGGUCAAUCUGACACAGAUAAUCACACGCAGUUUACGAACAUUGCUCUCUCUAGUUAUGAUCACGCCAGAGCACUGUUAAAGUAGGGCAACAGAAUAUGUUUGUCUGUAUUCUUCAUACAGCUCCCACAGACCUCCCUGUCCCAGGACAGUAAACAGGUGUAUGUGCAGCUGCUGUGGGACAACAUCAACCUGCACCAGGAGCCUGGCGAUCCCCUCUACCAGAGCUGGAGGACCCUGCGUGAGUACACACACGCGCACACAUGUCUGAUCAAGCAAUCAUCCUCAGAACACUGCAUUGUCUCUCUGGGUCUCUCUGUGUGUGUGUGUGUAAUGUAUUUUGGGCCAUAUUCGUUAAUGGAAAGCACUUUGAGAUGUCUGCUAUUAAAAAGAUCCAUACCCAUGGCACACAUUAUUCUAAUGUAUUGAAUAGUGAAUGUAAUGAGUAAUGAACUAUCUGUUGUUCCCCAGUGGAGAAGAAGGCUACCCUGGCCCCCACGGACCACCAGGAGACACGGACCCUCCUCAACAGCAUCGUCCGCAGCAUCCAGACCAACGACGUAUACGGCCCCAUCAACCUGCUCCUCCGAGAGGUCAAGAGGCACCCAGAGGUCAAACGCCAAAGGUCUGUCCUCUGAAGCUUAUGUUUUUGGGUGAUCCGUUUUGUGAGCUGAAAGCAUUGCAUUUGUCCAUGUUCUCUGUUGGUGUCUGUCUGUACUGUUUUGGUCUUUUCAUUAAUCAAUCGAUCUGUCUCUUAUCAGGGGUAUCUAUAGGGAGAUCCUCUUCCUGGCGCUUGUGGCAUUGGGAAGGGAGAACAUUGACGUCGGUGAGUGAACUGUCUUCAUGACCCAAUGACUCUCUUUAAACCAAGACUUGGAUUUGGGUAAUUCCAGUCAACCAAUGCCUUGUUGAGAUGGCUAUAGUUACCACAACUACUAUGAGCUUUUCUAUCCUGAGUUUGAUAAGCUAUUUGUAUAAAAAACCUUCGAAUUCUAUUUCCAUGUUUCUAUCAUGUUCUGAUUCUAUAUUCUUCCCUCCUGUGUUUCCAACAGAGGCCUUUGACCGUGAAUACUGCCAGGCCUUUGAUAAACUGAGCCCAGAGCAGCUUAAGGCCCUGCACAAGAUCGACCGGCCACCCAACAGCAACGUCCAGUGGUGCCUCAAGUGCUUCGGAGCUCCAGUCAUCUAA